AUGUCUUUUCAAUUUCAAAGCCCAUUUCAACAAGAACAGUUCGAUAUAUUCGAAUGGCACCCCAAGUUUUUGUCCUGCCUUCGAUACUUUAUCGACCAUGCUCAGUAUAGCCCUGCAGUUCAAACUGUAGCUGCUUGCGUGAACAUCCACCUCCCUUUUCAGAAGGGCAAUCCACUACCCGUAACACCCACACGUAAUGGCCCUUCACCUUCUUCGUCAUCCUCUCGAGCAUCUGGGUCCAGUCACCUCCACUUGAGUGCCCCUGCAGCUUCUUCAAUCACUCUAAUUCCUUACAUUCGCCGUCUGAUAGUCACCGGGUUUGAUACGCCCGCAGUUCUUCACGGUUUCUUUGGCGACGACUGGAUACAAGGUAUCGGGCGCAUACAUGAGAGUGAGCGCAGGAAUUACUUGUUUGCUGCAAAGAGUGACACUUGGUUGAGAGUCAAGACCCAGUAUGACAUGGAAGAUGGACAGACAGUCCCAUUCCUUAGACCGCUGCAAAACGUUACUGAAGACGAGAUACAAGCUGCCGAAUCGAAUUGGAGCGAGUGGCUAGCUAUGCAAGAUUGGAUGCUUGGGCCGAGAGCUCCGGACGACCCCAAUGAACGUUUUGUGAGGAUCAAGAAGGAACGCGAUUAG